GAGGGAGUAUCAAAUUUAACUUUAACCACUCCCAUUUUUAUUACCAUUAUCCAACUCAGGUGGUUCAGCACUUCAGCAAUGGCGCUCGACCCCUCAGCUUUUGAAACCAUAGUCCCUUCCCGCUACAUCACCUUCACGCUCCCAAACCCUCUCCUCCACCUCAACCACUUCACCGCCACCCUCCUCCGCAUAGCCGUCAUCGACUCCCCGUCCGGCGCCACCGCACAGACCACGAUCGGCGCCAUGCUCGUCCCUCCCUUCCGCGAAUCCGACUGGACCUUCUCCACGGAGUCCGGCCACCUCCAGCUCAUCCUCGCCUUCCCGCACCUCUCCCGCCUCGUCCUCAUCGGGAACUGUCCCGAUUCCCCACGCGCCACCUCUCAUAAGCCCCCGUCGCCUACGGACGAUACCUCCGAGAUCGAGGAUGCCCUGAUGCCCCUGAUGAUCGCCCUGUGUCCCAAAGAGGCAUUUCGUCGAACAGGUGGCGGGCUUCCGCGAAUCCCUUUCCUGAGCUACGAAGACAAAGUGAUCCAAAUUCGCGUAUUGGAAACUUGUUUCGGAAACCGUGUUGGAGAAAUCGCAGUGGAGGAUGUGGAGCUGGAAGCUGAGAACGGCGGCAGAGAGUUCCGGCGAAGGCUGAGGUUCAAGAGAACGCCGAAUCUAAUCCAGACUCAGGUAAGAAUCCACCCCGAAUCGCUGGAUUUUGAAAACCUAGAAGCCAUGAAAUUCCAAGCAGAUAAUAGGGUUUUGGUUCAUCCUUAUUUGACCCCAAUGGUUGCUGGGCUAUCUGUGAUUGCCUCGCAUUUGGAUGGGCUAAUACGAACUGGAAUCAGGCCAAAAGCAUUGUGCUUAGGGGUUGGAGGAGGGGCAUUGCUUAGUUUCUUGAACUCCCAACUGGGUUUCGAAGUAUUAGGUGUUGAAGAGGACGACCGCGUCUUGGAAAUGGCUAGAAAAUAUUUUGGCUUGGAAGAAGAUGGUGAAUCAAUUCGUUUAUGCGUAGGAGAUGGAAUGGAUAUGAUCAGAAAACUAUACAUUGGGGCUGGAAAAAAUCAAAAUCAUGAUCUCUCAAAUGCAAAAGAUGAUGGUGUCAAGUUUGAUGUCAUUAUGGUUGAUCUCGACUCGGCUUGCACUGGUGCAGGAAUGAGUGCGCCUCCAACUGAGUUUGUUCAUAAAUCUACACUCUCUGCAGCAAAGAGGCUUCUUUCCGAGCACGGGGCUAUUAUUGUCAAUGUCAUGCCUCUUUGCGAGCAAUUCUACGAAACACUGGUGAGUGAGUUUCAAGAUGUUUUCGAGGAGUUGUACGAAAUAGACGUCGCGGACGAUGAGAAUGUUGUCGUGAUUGCUACCGCGUCGAAGAUUCGGAGAGAUUCGGGCGAUUCUGGGAAGUCUUUUCUCAGUAAGUUGGAUUGUGUGAUACAAGGGUCUUCUUACUUGGAUUCUAUUAGGGCAGUCUCAAAAAAUGUUGUAAGGUGAGUGAUGUGGGCAUUGGUGGAAACUCUGCAGUUUUGUGGAGAUUUUGUUCCUAUUUCUCCUCAAGUAGAGGUUGUGAAAGCCUAUGGUGUAUUCAAUGACAUUCUGAACUUCACUUGAUGACAAAUUUGUGUUUUUCUGGCCAGAGCUUUAACAUUAAUUAGCUUCAUCUUGGACAAUAUAUAAUUUUAGUGUUUUCAAUGUUAAUGUUACACCUAAUUGAUUAUCUAAAGUGUUCGCCAAUUGAAAAUGUUAUUUCCAAACAUGGCUUUAGUAAAUGUUACUCUAUCCC